AUGGGUAUCGAUCUCGACGUCCACCACCCCAGAGACGGCCACCGCCGUAGGCCCAAGAGCGACAACCCAUAUCUCGGCCUCCUCCACAAGCUCUACGCCUUCCUCGCCCGCCGCACAGACUCGAAGUUCAACAAGACCGUCCUCCGCCGCCUGUCUAUGAGCAAAACCAACAAGCCCCCAAUUGCGCUCUCAAAGAUCGUCGCAGUGACCGCGAACAAGCACUCCGCGAAGGCAUACGAGGGCAAGGUGCGCGCUGUGGUGGGCACCGUAACGGAUGACGCACGCCUCUAUGAGGUCCCCAAGAUGACCAUCUGCGCGCUCCGCUUCACCGCAACCGCUCGCGCUCGGAUCGAGAAGGCUGGCGGCGAGUGCUUGACCUUCGAUCAGCUGGCCAUGCGCGCACCGACCGGCUCGAACGUCAUCCUCCUCCGUGGUCCCAAGAACUCUCGUGAGGCUGUCAAGCAUUUCGGCUUCGGCCCCCACUCGAAUAAGAAGCCGUAUGUCGAGAGCAAGGGCAGGAAGUUCGAGCGUGCUCGUGGUCGCAGACGGUCGAAGGGUUUCAAGGUCUAA